UUUACAUAGAAAAACAUUUAAUAUAAUUGGGAUUUUUUGAAGUUAUGAACAUGAUAAGCAUUUUUCCCAACUAAUGUAUAUAUUUCUGGUGGAAAUUACAUUAAAGCAGAGAGAGUCUUAGUUUUUAACUGUAAGUUGUCCUGUGUUGUUCUUUCACGGGCAUUACCAUAUACACCAUAGGAGAAGUGCUAUAAGCUGUCUUCUUGGCCUUUAUUUACAAACAAAAGGAACUCUUGUGCCAAUGUGGCAAGUGACACAAGUGUUUGUUGGCUGAGGACUCAAGUAUCCAGCUCAUUUUCUUUACAGCUUUAUUUUGAAGGGAUUUAUGGCCCCAUUCUUGUUUUAUUAAAGCCACUAAUUGUGAUUUCUGAGAUAGAAGGACUUAAGAAUUUUAAUUUGGGGGUGGGGGUAAAGAUAGCUGAACAAAUUACUGUGUGUUUAGGGCUAGGCAAAUGGUCAUUAGAAACCAGUCUAAGAAACAUAUUCCUUUUCAUAUCUGAUGCUUAUUUCCUCUGAGCACUUUCCCUUGGAGGUGGAUUGUGAAGUUAAAUCUUGAAGAUAUAAUUCACAAGACUCUACAUUGUGCAUUGUAGAGCCUCAUUCCUAAGUGUAGUGAUUUGAAUUUGAAAGAUCAAGUGGGGGGGGGGGUGAGAAAAAACUUUAAUUCCCUGAGCAGAGAGUAUAAACUAGUUCAAAUAAACAGAGGAUGUUAGCUUCCAGGAUUGUCAAACUGUCACCUUUGACCAGGGUUGAAUUUUCUUUGAAUGUUGACAAAAGUUACAGUGUCAGUGGAAAAAGCUUCAUGUGAAGUAUCUAUAACUCAGAAUUUCCUUAUGUUUGUGUCAGUGAGAUCCUACAAUUAACGCUUUUUAACAUGUCUGUUGAGUCUAAGAAGCCUUCAGUGGGGUUUUCCAGCCUUUAGGUGGGAGUAAAUUAGAAAGUUUAUGAAAAACUAUUUUAUGUUGUCUAACAUUCAGAGCCUGUAGCUGGUGGCAAAUCGCUACUGUUUUUGUAAAGAAUGGGAUUUGAAAAUCCAACCUGGGGGACAUGUCUUAACUAAGCAAGCUUCACAGAUGUCAUUGUAGUAUUUAUAAAAAGAAACUGCUUAGCACUAAAUCUGUUGAGGUACUAAAAAUUGGAAUUUUCCAGCUUUAUCAUAGAGCAUUCUUCAAAAUAUAGUCAUCCAUCGUUUAGGUAAAAUUACCUCUCAGAAAUAAUGCUAAUUCUAUUUUUUUUGUUUCCUGUUUCUAAAAAUCUCUUGGUCAUCUUUGAGACUUGAGCAAAGUAGCAAACUGGAGAUUUACAGAAAUAUGCAGCUCUUGACAAAAUGUAACCGUCAGUUUACCCGGUGGGUUGAUGUUUUUAGGAUUUGUGAUCUGUUUCUGGUAGAAAAUGAGGGAGAAUUAUAGUGAGAAUUGGACAUUGUAGAGCCUCAUUCCAAAAGGUAUGGGAGGUCUCAUAUAUGGAGAUGCAAUGCAAAUAUUCCUUCUUUUUAUGUUGUUAUUGUUUCAGUUAUGUAGUGAUAAAUGGAAACCCUGAAGCUUAUCCUAAGAUAAGUUUAUCUUGUAAUGAGUUUAAAUAGCAAGCGAAAAUGCUAAAUUCAUUGUGAUGUGAAUAGAGAUUGGCCUUCCUCUUUAACUGUUGACGGUACUAAAACAAAAUGGAAAACAUUUGGCUUCCUGAAUGACAUGGCUGCAGUCAACAUGCUGAGCUGGUGCUGAAGCAUGAACCCUUGAUUUUGCAACACCAGAGCAAAGCACGAAUUUAUCGUUUACACCUGGCCUGUACCUUCAUCUGCAUACCAGCCUUAAGAUCUAAAUUGUUGCCUCUAGGAAGAUUGAAUGCAGAGAUGAGCUCUUAAAGAAGUCUACGCAAGAAGAUUGUAAACAUGGCUGUGUGGAUCCAGGCCCAGCAGCUGCAAGGAGAUGCCCUUCAUCAGAUGCAAGCCUUGUACGGCCAGCAUUUCCCCAUCGAGGUGCGCCAUUACUUAUCCCAGUGGAUCGAAAGCCAACCUUGGGACUCAAUAGAUCUUGAUAAUCCACAGGAGAACAUUAAGGCCACCCAGCUCCUGGAGGGCCUGGUGCAGGAGCUGCAGAAGAAGGCGGAGCACCAGGUGGGGGAAGAUGGGUUCUUGCUGAAGAUCAAGCUGGGGCACUACGCCACGCAGCUGCAGAACACGUAUGACCGCUGCCCCAUGGAGCUGGUCCGCUGCAUCCGGCACAUUCUGUACAAUGAGCAGAGGCUUGUCCGAGAAGCCAACAAUGGUGCCUCUCCAGCCGGGAGUCUUGCCGACAUCAUGUCCCAGAAACACCUUCAGAUCAACCAGACCUUUGAGGAGCUGCGGCUGGUCACGCAGGACACCGAGAACGAACUGAAGAAGCUGCAGCAGACUCAGGAGUACUUCAUCAUCCAGUACCAGGAGAGCCUGAGGAUCCAGGCUCAGUUUGCCCAGCUGGCCCAGCUGAACCCGCAGGAGCGUCUGAGCCGGGAGACAGCCCUGCAGCAGAAGCAGGUGUCCCUGGAGGCCUGGCUGCAGCGCGAGGCCCAGACGCUGCAGCAGUACCGCGUGGAGCUGGCCGAGAAGCACCAGAAGACCCUGCAGCUGCUGCGCAAGCAGCAGACCAUCAUCCUGGACGACGAGCUGAUCCAGUGGAAGCGGCGGCAGCAGCUGGCCGGGAAUGGGGGGCCCCCUGAGGGCAGCCUGGACGUGCUGCAGUCCUGGUGUGAGAAGUUGGCCGAGAUCAUCUGGCAAAACCGGCAGCAGAUCCGCAGAGCAGAGCACCUCUGCCAGCAGCUGCCCAUCCCCGGCCCCGUGGAGGAGAUGCUGGCUGAGGUCAAUGCCACCAUCACAGACAUCAUCUCCGCCCUGGUGACCAGCACGUUCAUCAUUGAGAAGCAGCCCCCUCAGGUCCUGAAGACCCAGACCAAGUUUGCAGCCACCGUGCGCCUGCUGGUGGGGGGGAAGCUGAACGUGCACAUGAACCCCCCCCAGGUGAAGGCCACCAUCAUCAGUGAACAGCAGGCCAAGUCGCUGCUCAAGAACGAGAACACCCGCAACGAGUACAGUGGAGAGAUCUUGAACAACUGCUGUGUAAUGGAGUAUCACCAGGCCACCGGCACGCUCAGCGCCCACUUCCGGAACAUGUCCCUGAAACGCAUCAAGAGGUCUGACCGUCGUGGGGCAGAGUCAGUAACCGAAGAAAAAUUCACAAUCCUGUUUGAAUCACAGUUCAGUGUUGGUGGGAAUGAGCUGGUUUUUCAAGUCAAGACCCUGUCCCUCCCGGUGGUGGUGAUUGUCCACGGCAGCCAGGACAACAACGCGACGGCCACGGUUCUCUGGGACAAUGCUUUUGCGGAAUCUGGCAGGGUGCCCUUUGCCGUGCCUGACAAAGUGCUGUGGCCGCAGCUGUGUGAAGCGCUCAACAUGAAAUUCAAGGCCGAAGUGCAGAGCAACCGGGGCCUGACCAAGGAGAACCUCGUGUUCCUGGCGCAGAAGCUGUUCAACAGCAGCAGCAGCCACCUCGAGGACUACAGCAGCAUGUCCGUGUCCUGGUCCCAGUUCAACAGGGAGAAUUUACCAGGACGGAAUUACACUUUCUGGCAGUGGUUCGAUGGUGUGAUGGAAGUGUUAAAAAAGCAUCUCAAGCCUCAUUGGAAUGAUGGGGCUAUUUUGGGUUUCGUGAAUAAGCAACAGGCCCAUGAUCUACUCAUUAACAAGCCCGAUGGGACCUUCCUGCUUCGAUUCAGCGACUCUGAAAUUGGCGGGAUCACCAUAGCGUGGAAGUUUGAUUCUCAGGAAAGAAUGUUUUGGAAUCUGAUGCCUUUUACCACCAGAGACUUCUCCAUUCGGUCCCUGGCUGACCGCCUGGGGGACCUGGAUUACCUUAUCUACGUGUUCCCCGACCGGCCGAAAGAUGAAGUGUACUCCAAAUAUUACACGCCAGUUCCAUGCGAGCCUGCCACUGCUAAAGCAGUGGACGGAUACGUGAAGCCACAGAUCAAGCAAGUGGUCCCUGAGUUUGUGACGUCUGCAGACUCUGCUGGGGGCAGUGCCACCUACAUGGACCAGGCCCCCUCCCCGGCUGUGGGUCCCCAGGCUCAUUACAACAUGUACCCACAGAACCCUGACCCCGUCCUUGACACUGACGGGGACUUCGAUCUGGACGACACGAUGGACGUGGCGCGCCGCGUGGAAGAACUCUUGGGCCGACCUAUGGACACUCAGUGGAUCCCUCAUGCGCAGUCGUGACCUCCAUCGCCGCCGUCAGCGUCUUGGUCCUCGUGAGAGGAGUUCUUCUUGUGGAUGUUUUAAUUCCAUGAAUCGCUUCUCCUUGGAAACAAUACUCAUAAUGUGAAGUGUUAAUGUUAGUUGUGACUUUAGUGUUUCUGUGCAUGGUGGCCCCAGUGCAGGGAGCGUGUGUGUGUGUGUGUGUGUGUGUGUGUGUGUGUGUCCGUGUGGUGUCCCUCCCCCUUGCUGUCCAGACAAAGGCCGUGAUGGUUUGAACCUUGUGCACAAAGGCAGUUGGCUCCACGAGCUCUGGCACAUGGCCGUGUGUCUGGAGGGUGCCUGGACUUUGACGUGUGGCUGUUCAAGUAAGAGAAAGACACAGGGAGGAGAAAGCACCUCCUCUCUGAUGAGUCUUUGUCACUGUGUUUGCCAGGCAAUUGUGCUAUAACCAUGAUUGUCUCUGCUUUUCUUCUGCAAUGUGGAAACCGCCUCCUGACAAAGAAUGCCAGUCCUCCCCCCGCCCCCCACCCCCUUUUCCCGGGUAGGGCUGGGGAAAGGGGCAACUUAGGAGGAUUGUUGGGGCAAGGGGAGCCAGAGGUCUUCGGAUGGGUAGUGGCUUUUGUAAAUAACACGUAACCCGUCUUCGUGUUUUCUCCGUCCCUCCUGCCCUCCCUGGCUGUGCCCCUCUCUCCUCCUCUCGCUCAGUUCCUCUGUGUGCACACACGUGCAGAUGAGCUAGAGGGCAGGAGAGAGGGUCACGCCACCGAAGCUUACAGUGUUGGUGUCCUUUGUGUCGCGGCCAGAGUGGAAUGCCCAGCCCUGACCCGCAGGCGCCGAGAACGUCGCCUCGUCGCCCAGGGAAGCUGCCAUCCGUCCUUCCUCCGCGCUGGAAGGCUGACCGAUGCCAGCUCUUCGCAAAUGUCGGACGGUGUUUUUGCUUCUAAUUUGGGACUUCUUGUUUUCCCCUUCCCACCUCAUCUGACAUUGAAGUUCUCUCUUCCUGUGUCAGGUCCUGUGCCAUUCCUACCCAGGUCACCUCAUUUCCCUUCACUGAUCGUGCGCGAUGUCUCGGGGAGUGGGUGGCAGGAGUGCGGUCCGAACCCAGGGCCGGCAUGUCCAGCAGGUGGUGUUGCCCACCUGGUGCAGGGUGCUGGGUGUCAGGCAUUGGGAGUUGGGGAAAUGCAGUCGGCAGGUUUGCGGGAAGUUUGGUAAGCUGCAGAAACAAAAAGCCUCAAGCAUAAUUCCGUCCGUAGUUUCUUCCGCGGCUCCACGCCAGAAGGAAGGAAUGGGCUGCGGCAGGCAGGUGGGAAGAGAGGGGAGCAGGUAUAGUUUUCAGGUUAGGCCUACAAGGUCGCCCCUGGCACCCUCUCCGAAAGGAUAUGACGAGGCCCAAGAAGUAAUGGCCCUAAAAACCGUAUUUUUAUAUGUGUGAGUAAAUAAACAUAUUUUUUUUACAAAAACUAACUUCUGAACUUACCAGUGUUUUGAUGUUAAAGGAACCUAUUUCUCUGUAGUAAAUUAUUUAUUGGAAAAUGACUUUUUAAAAGCUGCUGUUUGCGCUGGCUUGGUUUCAUACACUGAUUUAUUUUUCUAUGCCAGGCAGUAGACUCUCUCUGCCUCUGAGGCGCAGGCCGACCCCUCCGUGGAUACCAGCGUUGAUGUAGAAUGCUGCUGAGCCCCUUGCGUACCUCUCAGGAUUUAAUUAAAAUCCCCCCUGUGAGGACGGGAGUGUUGGGGAGAGGUGUAAGGAAGCCUGACCCUGUCUCGAAGAGCCCUCACCUGCCUGUCACUCAGGCUUCACCAACGCCUGCCUCAAGAGUGACGCCCUCAUUGUCCCAGCGGGGGA